AUGGAUACACGAAUUGUAAAUGCUCUUGAAAGAAAAUAUGGAAUCGAUCUCAACGGAGAUGGAUUUAUUGGUGGAGAAGGAUAUCUAAGUCAACUCGAACGAGCAACAGGAAGAGAUUUUAACGGUGAUGGAGUUCUCGGUCGUAGACCGGAUGUUGUUCCGGGAUACCCAGCAGCCUCGGGUUAUCCAUCGAUGGUAUACGGUCCCACUGGUCAAGUCUACGCCACAAAUGGUUUUGUUGCUCCAAAUCAUUCAUUCAAUCAUCCACAUAGUCACCAUCAUCAUCAUAUGCAUCGUCAUUUUUAA